AUGAGCAAUCUUCUAACUCCUAAUUCCUUCUCCUCCACUGCCACCUGUUCCACCACCAAAAGGCUAAAAACUCAACCCCAUCAAGACGGCGGAUCACCACCACUACCACCAAUCUUUGUUGCCUGGACUUCCAGACCAUAUAGCCCAACUUUGCCUUUUUCUAGUCCAUCCCUCAAUUCUUUACUCCGUUUGCCAUUCUUGGCGCCGCCUUAUAUAUUCACCAUCUUUUCCUCCUUUUCUAUCCAUUCUCUUUUAAUUUCCACACAAAAUCAGGCCAACUCCAUUGAAUUCUCCUCCUUUGAUCCCAUUUCAAAUAAGUGGUGGUCUUUUCCUCCACCGCCGCCUGACCCGCCGCUCGGAUUCCUCUUCCGCCACCGCUCGUUCAUUUCACGUGAACUUCCUAUACAAUCUGUUUCUGGCAACUUAGUCCUCCUUGCAGCCACCGCUGACGAAUUCCUCCCUGCCCUCUCGCGGCCAAUCAUUUUCAAUCCCUUGUUCCAAAAAUGGACCUACGGCCCCCAUUAUCCACUCCUCGGCGGUUGUGCGCCGCCGGAGCUUCCGGCAAUGUCGUAUACGUUGCGAGUGGAGUUGGGUCCCACUACAACACCGAGGUGGGAAAGAAUGGGAGCACUAAAACAUGGAAAAUUCAGUCGAGACGCCAUCGAUGCGAUAGGAUGGAGGGGGAAGCUUUGCAUGGUGAACGUAAAGGGCGACGGGACCAAGGAAGGUGCCGUGUACGAUGUACAAAGGGACGCAUAG